AUGAGAUUGGUCUAUCUCCUUUUCAUCGCUCUCUUCUCGCUCGCCUGGGCGCUUCCGCCCCUCAAGCAAGCGACACGUUCCCAGAUCGUAGACCGUGUGGCUUCUCGACCUCAGAGGCGGCAAGCGCAAGCUUCUGCGGGCAUCUAUCCUCUUUGCCAGGGCUCAAAUGCUCGCGGAACGGGACAGCAGAACGCUGUCUCGGAUGGUAUCAAAGUCGACCCAAAUGAUACUCCCAAAGGGACUUUGACAGCCACCAGCGCUUUGGACUGCGCUCGGAAGUGCUUUGCCACGUCAGGAUGCAGAGGAACCAAUUAUGAUCGUGUCGCCGGGACUUGCGUGUACUAUGAGUCCGUCACCGCCUUUUCGCGGAGCACUUCCAUCACAAGUCUCUACCGCUAUAGGUCGUGCUCUCAAGUCGCAUCUAGUACAGGAGUUUCCGAUCUGUCUUGCUGCGAGUACUUCACAUCAUAG